AUGAAAAUCAUUCAUUUAUUUUAAUCGUAAAACUUAUAGAUUUUCAAAAUGAAUUCUAUUUGGAAAAUAACAUUAACCGCUACUGUGAUAUCAAUUCUUAUUUCAUUAUCGAUAGUAGCGAUAUAUUAUACACGUGUUGAUUCACAAAUCGAUUCAAAUUGUUUCACAGCUGCCAUUUUGGAUCAUCGUCCAUUUUACGGGAAAAAUGUCAACGAAAAUAUUGAUCAAAAUUUUCGAAUUUUUAUCAAUGCUACUAUAUUGGCCAAAGAACGCGAUGUCGAUUUGAUUGUUUUUGCUGAAUCUGGCUUAAUGACUGGAAUUCAUGAUCGAAAAAUGGCUCUAGAAUAUUCUAUUCAGAUUCCAAACGAAUUGACUCAUUUAUGUGAAAAUGUUGAACAAAUUUAUGAUUCAUCCGUUUCUGUUCUAAAACGAUUAAGUUGUCUUGCUAUGAAGUACGAAAUUUUUCUUGUAGCCCAACUACUCGAUAAGCAACCGUGUACUAGAAAUAUAACAACAGAAUGUCGUGAUAAUUAUUACAUCUAUAAUACAGCCGUUUUGUUUGAUCGUGUUGGCCAGUUGGUAGCUAAAUAUCAUAAAAUGCAACCAUAUGGAGAAAUGUUUUUGGAUCCUGCACAACAUGAUGAAUUGAUCUACAUAGAUACUUCGUUAGGACGAUUUGGAUUUCAAAUAUGUUUCGAUGUUAUCUAUAAAAAACCGGGACACAUUUUGGCCACUGAAUAUGAUGUAGAUACGAUUAUAUUUCCAACACAUUGGAUGGAUGAAGCACCAUUUCUUUCAGCAUCACAAUUCCAAAUGGCUUGGGCAUUUGGCAAUAAUGUUAGCCUAUUGGCAUCAAAUAUUCAUCAUCCUUUCCAAGCCGGUUCACUUGGAAGUGGAAUCUAUAAUGGUGGACCUGAACGAACAUUUCUCAAUGCUCAUUUUACUGAAGAUGAUGCUGAACGUUUGGUAAUUGGUAGAUUACCAAUUCAUCCACGUAGUACAACAAGAGCUAAAUGUAAUAAAUAUAAAGAUGAGAUUAUAGAAAUACCUGUUGCAGGCCGUGAAAUUAUAACAAAUGGAACCUAUAAAUACAAACAGAUGAAUAAUACUAAUGUCAUGAUGAAAGCUCUGAAUAUAGGACAAGAAGAAAUCGAAUUAGAACAUCAAGGGGUAAAAUGUCAUUUGAAGUUCGAAGGAAAUUUAAGUCAAUCAAAUCAAGAUGGACAAUACUUUCUCAUUGGUUCCAAUCGUUCUCGAGCGAACCCUUCUUACGAAUGGGGAGAAGAAUUCUGUGCACUCGUUUAUUGCAUUGAGAAUGUUGAUGAAACAUGUGGAAAAUAUUCAUCCAAUCAGUUACCAUUAUUUUAUCAUGUCAAAUUGACAGCAACAUUCGAUUUAAAAACUGUUGUUUAUCCAAGCGUCUUAGAAUAUCAGAAUCGUUUAAUACCUAUGGAUGAUGUAUGGACGGUUUCAAGCAAAAUUCAAGGAACAACAAAAAUUCAUGAACUUGUUUUCGGUAGUUUAUCUUUCAAUUCGGUUGGAAAAUUAUAUCGACCAUUAUCAACAUUAUCUUUAUACGGACGAGCUUAUGAACGCGAUCCGAUUUAUAAACAAAAACCGGCUGAUUGAUGAUAAUGAUUCUUUAAAUAGUAAAAAAAUAAAUUAAAAUUUCAAAUU